AUGUACUUCUCCGCCAUUCUUCUGACCCUCGCAGCCACUGCAUCGGCUGUCGAUGUCAGGGCUUACAGCAACAGUGGUUGCAACGGGGCCUGGGUUGGCUGCGCCGGCAUCAACCCCGGUGUUUGCUGUGUGUUUAGCAACUCGGCGAGCAGUGGCAGACUGAGCGUUUCUGUGAACGCUAUCCCAAGCAGCUGGCGCAUUCGUGGCGAGGCUAACACUGGUGGCGGUUGCACAUACCUCGCCAACCAGCAAGACUCCAACGGCAACACAGACAUCUGCAUGACAUACUCGUCUCGCGGUGACCGUACCGGUGGUAGCUACUCGUUCGUCGGCCGCAAGCGCGCUGCCGACAACUCUUGCCCCGCCGAGCAGCCUGAUGGCGGAAAGUGCGAAGCUGGUGUCAAGCCCGACCUGCUUGGUCUUUCUGAUGGCACCGUCUACAGCAUUGCCGACUUGUCCGAGGAGAAGGUCGAGGAGUUGGAGAAGAUUGCCAACACCGGCGCCGGUGCCGAGGCCGUCCCUGCCGAGUUCGAGGCCCUGAGACGCUAA